AGAGCAUCGAUCCGGAUUUCCCACCACCCCCACCACCACCGCUGGCGACACAAUCGUCCCCUGGUAUUCAAAAGGCCUGCCCACCGCCCGUCGGUGGGCUCGCCAGCGCCGCCAUCUCAUCCCCGGUCCAGUCCGCCUCAAGCUCCGCACCCCAACUUCCCUCUCGCCAGAACAAUCAUGGGUUGGCUAACAGCCGGUGCCCCUCUCUCAUGGACAGACAUCAAACAGCACACCAGUCCCGUUCGCAAACGCGGCAUCGCCCAGCUCCUCGCCCUCUGGGACCGCGAAAAGACCCGGUCGAACGACCCCCAUCUCUGGGGCGACGAGAUCGAAUACAUUGUCGUCUCCAAAGACGACAGCACCCGCAAAGUGCGUCUUUCGCUCCGAGCUCAAGAUGCCCUGCACAAGCUGGAGGAGCUCGAGGCAGAGGCUCAGGCAAACGGAGAAGCAUUUGCGAGCUCGUGGAAACCCGAAUACGCCGGAUACAUGCUAGAAUCCUCUCCAGGCUCUCCAUAUGGCUCCACACUCGGAGACCUGACCCUCGUCGAGCCCAACAUGCACAAAAGACGAGUCCUGGCACAGGCAUGUCUUGGUCCCAACGAGACCGUCUUGACGAUGACGUCGUAUCCUCGGUUGGGCACCAGCGGCUUUAUGGACCCGCACGUCGCCCCAGACCCUGUCAAUGGAGCGGCUCGCAGCCUGUUCAUCCCCGAUGCAGCCAUCACGUCACAUGCUCGGUAUCUAGCCCUCACCACCAACAUCAUGCAUCGCCGCGGUUCCAAAGUAUCCAUCAAUGUCCCAGUCUUCAUCGAUAAUGAAACUGCUUGGCCAUUCCUUGAGCCUAUCCCUCACUCAGCCACGACGCUCAGCCCCGAGGAUAUUCCUGGUCUCUCUGCCGUUUCUCCAGCCAGAAAGACAAAGACACAGUCGGAGCAUCCCAUGAACCUCGACGGUUGUACGUUGUCGGACUUGAUCCCAGACGCCCUUCCCAAUCACAUCUUCAUGGAUUGUAUGGCCUUUGGAUGCUCGUGCUGCUGUCUGCAGGCCACUUUCCAGGGAGAGUCAUUGAAGGAAACCAGGCUCCUCUACGACCAGCUCGCCGUCAUAGCCCCCAUUAUGCUUGCUCUUUCCGCAGCUGCACCAAUCUUUCGAGGAUACCUCGCCGACGUUGAUUGCCGAUGGAAUGUUAUUGCCGCAAGCGUCGAUGAUCGAACCAAGGAGGAGCGAGGCGAGGAGCCCCAGGUAUCCUCCCAAUUCUACAUACCCAAAUCCCGGUACGACUCUAUCAGUCUGUAUCUUUCUCCCGGCCCAGACUACAGUGCCGCCAGUACCCCAUCGAACCGAACUGCCGGUGGCAGCACAUCCUCGGAGGAUGGAUGCUCGAUGGGCGAUGAUACCGAGACUCUCCGACCCGACUGCUUCUUCAAACACAAGUACAACGAUCUCAAUGUCCCAUACGACUACGAGACAUUCAGAGCCCUGCAGGAUGGAGGCCUCGACGAGUUUAUGGCAAAGCACUAUGCCCACCUCUUCAUCCGGGACCCACUCAUCCUCUUUGAGGGGUCACUCGAAACUGAUGAUAGCGAUAGCGUGGGCUACUUUGAGGGCCUUCAGAGCACCAACUGGCAAACGAUAAGAUUCAAGGCGCCGACCCCGGGCAUGCCUAUCGGAUGGAGAGUCGAGUUCCGGAGCAUGGAGGUCCAGCUGACGGACUUUGAGAACGCUGCCUAUGCGAUCUUUGUCGCUCUGUUGACUCGGGUCAUCAUCAGCUAUGACCUGAACUUUUACCUUCCUCUCAGCAAGGUCGAUGAGAACAUGCAGAGGGCCCAAACUCGUGCGGCAGUCACACAACAAGCAUUCUGGUUCCGCAAUAAUAUCUUUGGAGGAGUACCCCCACCGAGGUUCGCGAGCUUUGCUUGCACAUCCGAGAAGGACAGUGACGAGGCGAGACAGCUCACUAUCAACGAGAUCAUCAAUGGAAGCGGCGCUUUCCCUGGGCUGGUGCCCAUCAUCGAGUCGUAUCUCGACUCUGCUGAUCUCGACUCGGCUACUCGCACGGAGCUGUCGGCGUAUCUCGCUCUGAUAGCUCGGAGAGCCAGUGGCGAGCUGAUGACAGCCGCGGGAUAUAUCCGCAAGUUCGUUCAUGAGCAUCCGGAGUACAGGAAUGACUCUGUGGUCUCGGACUCGAUCAUGUGGGACCUGGUCCAAAGGCUGGAGAGCAUGGCCGAGAGCGGCGGUCGCAGCGUGCCUGGCCUUACCGCCUGAGAGCAAAGGUGGGAGGACAGCGCAGUGAAGUAAGAGCUGAACUCUGAGGAUCUGCACCUGAGAAGUCUAUUGUCUGGCCGAGCGGAUCUCCGGAGACAUGUGGCUCUUUGGAUCGGCAGCACAUACACCUCCCCUCAUUUGAUGAAGACUUUGUAGCACUGAUAAUCUGUCAUAUUGAAUCAAAUGUA